UUUGGGGAGACAGAGCCUGCGUAGGCCCAGCUCUGUCCUUCAUGGCCUCUCCUUACCUCUUCCCCUCCCAGAGCUCCUGUGCCCAUCCAGGUCCAUGCCAACCGCCGGGGCUCCCCCGGGCGCCCCUGAAGCCCCACCCUGCGCCAACUGGAGCUGCGCACCCCAUGACCUGGUCCUGCUGGGCUUCGCGCACGUGCCCGCGCUGCGGCCGCUGCUCGCGGCGCUCUUCCUGGCCAUGUUCCUGCUCACGCUGCUGGGCAACGCGCUCAUCGUGCUGCUGAGCGCCCUGGACCCGGCCCUGCGCGCGCCCAUGUACUUCUUCCUGCGCCACUUGGCCCUGCUGGAGAUCUGCUUCUCGCUGGACAUUGUGCCCCGGCUGCUGGUGACCCUGCUGUGGCCGGGGCGGGGCGUGUCCGCCGCGGGCUGCGCCCUGCAGCUGCUCCUGGUGCUGUCUUGCGUCACGUCCGAGUGCUUCCUCCUGACUGCCAUGGCUUGGGACCGCCACGUGGCCAUCUGCAGGCCCCUGCGCUAUGGCGCCCUGGUGAGCCCCCGGCUCUGCCACCUGUUGGCCGCCACGUGCUGGCUGGCCGGAGUCCCCGUGUCACUGGUUUUCACCGUCUGGCUGUUCAGCUUCCCCUUCUGUGGGCCCCGUGGCAUCCGCCACUUCUUCUGUGAUAUCGCCCCCCUGCUCAGCCUGGUGUGUGCGGACACCAGCGUCUUCGAGGCCAGUGUGUUGGCAGCCACAGUGCUGGUCAUGAUUGUUCCCUUCUGUCUGAUAGCCACGUCCUACGGCAAGAUCCUGGCCACUGUGCUCCGCAUGCCCUCCGCCACCGGUCGCCGCAAGGCCCUGUCCACGUGCGCCUCCCAUCUCAUGGUGGUGGUUCUGUUCUACGGCACUACGGGGGUCAUCCACCUGCGUCCCAAGGCCAGCUACUCCCCCGAGAGCAAGCAGGUGGUGUCCCUGUCCUAUACCCUGGUGACCCCCAUGCUCAACCCCCUCAUCUACAGCCUGCGGAACAAGGAGGUGAAGGCCGCCCUGGGGCGCGUGUGUGUUCAGAGAAGGGGAACCUGCACCCCAUGACCUCUUGGGGAUUCCGGCCCCCUUCAUUCAGCCCUCUGCCGGACAGCCCUAUCAGAGCCGUGAUUAGGCACCUCAGGUGCCUGGAACUGAAUUUCUCCUGUGUGGUUCCCUGUUUGAGCAAUGGCACCCGUGUCUCUGUGAUAGCCUUGUGUCCCGC